AUGGCGACGGAAUUGCGUGAAUCCGAGCUGAAGCAGCAAGGUGUGCUCGAUGCUGCAAAGGACCCCGAUUCUAGCAUUACCGCACAGCAAGCGGAGAGGGCCCUGGUGAAUGAGGCGCAAGCUGGUGGCAGCGCCGCCUUCCAGUUUGACCCCAAUGCCAGUCCGGAGCAGAAGCGGGCACAGGCACGAGCGCGACUUCCUCCUGGCUUCCACCACGAACGGAACAAGAAUGCGACCGCCCUCGUAUCCGACGCCGACGACAAUGGCCCUCAGCAAUACGAUCUCCCCCCGCCCUCCAAAGCUGGCGCCAUCGAAACACCAGAGGAAGCGAAAGCGAACGGCCGCAUCCCCGAGAAGCUCGACGACGACGCACGAUGGGAGCGCGUGGGAUGGGCGCCGCGAUUCGGUAUGCCAGGCUCCGACGAGCCAAUUGAGGACGAGGCCUCACUGGCUGACCACCAGACAUGGCUCGAGGGCCGGAUAGAGGACAAGUUCUUUGGCGACUGGUACCACAAUACCGGUAUCAUCAUAUUCGCCUGUCUCAGCUCCUGGGUUGUUGGUAUCCUGGGCGGGGGCCUGGGCUGGAUCAUCAUCUUCAUCGCCGUCUGUGGAACCUACUACCGAACCUCGAUCCGUCGCGUACGCCGUAAUGCACGCGACGACCUCAACCGCGAAAUGGCAAAGAAUAAGCUGGAGACGGACACGGAGAGUUUGGAAUGGAUCAACAGCUUCCUCGUCAAGUUUUGGCCCAUCUAUGCCCCUGUUCUGUGUGAUACUAUAGUGGGCACUGUCGACCAGGUCCUCUCCACCUCUACCCCGGCCUUUCUCGACAGUUUGAAGAUGAAGACAUUCGUGCUGGGAACAAAGCCUCCGCGGUUAGAGCACGUCAAGACCUACCCAAAGACACAGGAUGACAUUGUCCUCAUGGACUGGAAGUUUAGCUUUACGCCCAAUGACACCGCCGAUCUCACGGCAAGGCAGAUCAAGAACAAGAUUAACCCCAAAAUCGUGCUGGAGAUUCGCGUCGGCAAAGGCCUUGUUAGCAAAGGCUUGGACGUCAUCGUCGAAGACAUGGCCUUUUCCGGCCUGAUGCGCCUCAAGUUCAAGCUGCAGUUGCCCUUUCCUCAUAUCGAAAAAGUUGAAAUGUCCUUCAUGGAGCGCCCAACUAUUGACUACGUCUGCAAACCCCUUGGUGGAGAAACCUUUGGCUUCGACAUCAACUUCAUCCCCGGUCUCGAGACGUUUAUCAUGGAGCAAAUCCAUGCCAAUUUGGGCCCAAUGAUGUACGACCCUAACGUGUUCCCUAUUGAGAUUGCCAAGAUGCUUGCCGGCAACCCCGUCGACCAAGCUAUUGGUGUGCUACAAGUCCACUUCCACGGUGCCCAAGGCCUCAAGAACCCUGACAAGUUCUCUGGAACGCCUGACCCAUACGCCACUGUGUCUAUCAACAACCGCAAUGUACUUGGACGUACCAAGACUGUGCACGAAAAUGCUAAUCCCCGAUGGAAUGAGACUGUGAACAUUAUUGUGACUUCGCUGAAAGACUCGCUUACAAUUAACAUCUUUGAUUACAAUGACAUCCGCAAGGACAAGGAACUCGGUACCGCUACGUUUGCGCUGGAGCAGCUGGAAGAGGACGCUAUCCACGAGAAUAUGCAACUUGAGGUCAUGUCGGGAGGUCGAGCGCGUGGUAUUGUUUCGGCAGACGUACGAUUCUUCCCCGUUCUUGAGGGUACGACGCUGGAUGAUGGCACAAAGGAGCCGCCUCCAGAAUCGCGUACUGGUAUCUGCAAGUUCACCGUGGAGCAAGCCAAGGAUAUGGAUGGUAGCAAGAGCAUGAUUGGACAAUUGAGUCCAUACGCCAUCCUAUUGCUUAACGGUCACGAAGUUCAUAGAUCACGCGUCAUGAAGCGAACGAACCAGCCCAUUUGGCCUGAUGCGACCAAGGAAAUGCUUAUCACCGAUCGUAAAAAGGCAAAGCUGGGCUUGGUCAUCAAAGACGACCGCGAUCUUGCGGCUGACCCCAUCCUCGGUACUUACCAAAUCACGCUCGACGACAUGCUGGAACUCAUGGCCAAGGGCCACGAAUGGUACAAUCUCGCUGGUACACAGAGCGGCCGUGUGAAGAUGAAGCUCGACUGGAAACCGGUUGCUCUCAAGGGAGCUGUCACUUCUGGUGGCUAUCUUACUCCUAUCGGUGUGAUGCGGCUUCAUUUCCAGAGUGCUCGCGGGCUUCGCAACCUUGAGGCUCUCGGAAAGUCGGACCCAUACGUUCGCGUGCUACUCUCUGGUAUCGAAAAGGGUCGAACUGUUGUAUUCAAGAACGACUUGGACCCGGACUGGGAUGAAGUUAUUUACGUGCCUGUACACAGCGUCCGCGAAAAGCUCACCCUGGAAGUCAUGGACGACGAAAACCUUGGCAAGGAUCGCCCAUUGGGACACAUUGAACUUUCGGCUAGCGACUAUAUUCAGCAAGACGAAAACGGCGAGUACCUGGAACACGAACAGAAGCAGCCCACCGCGGGACCCCUCCGGCUCGCUGGACAGUCGCAGCCAAAGGGCGUGCUCAACUACACUUGCUCUUUCUACCCCACAUACCCGACAUGGGACCCUGAAGAGGACGAAGAGGAGGAGGAGGAGGAACAAGAGAAGCACGAGGGUACCAAUGGUCAUGCACGAACAACUUCCAACGGAUCGAAGCUCAGCCAUCAGCGAGUUGUAUCGAAUGCUUCUACCCUGGCCAGGUCGGAGACGGCAGGCACCAUUUCAUCGCUCAAGUCCAACGAGCGCGAUAUGGCCAAGGAGCUCGAGAAGAACGAACUACAGCAAGCAGAAUCGAUCCCGGAGAAGCCCAAGAUUGAAAAGUUGAGACUUACUCCAGAUGAUCUUCAGCAGUACGAAUCUGGUUUGCUUGUGUUCAAGCUCAUUGAUGGCGAGUUCGCAAAAACAGGCGGCUAUGUCGAUGUUAUUAUGGACGACAUGGCAUACGCCAGCUACACAAGUGCCAAGAUCAGGAGCAACAAGAUGACUUUCAACGACUUUGGCGACACCAUGAUCCGCGAGCUCGACUUCUCCAAGAUUACCCUUCGUAUCAUUGAGCACAUUGACCAGGAUGGCGAGGAUCACGGUGAUCAUGUCAUUGCCAAGCUUACAGGAAAUACCAUUGACACCUUGCGCAGAUCUCUCAACACCCCUACCGUACUCAUCCUCAAGGAUAAAUCGGGACGCGAGAAUAAGAUCACAGUCAUGCUCAAGUACAUUCCUGUAAAGAUGCGUCUCGACCCCAGUGAAUCAUUCAACAACCAGGGUACCCUGCGAGUGGAUGUGCUUGAUGCAGCGGACCUGCCAGCUGCUGACCGCAACGGCUUCUCCGAUCCGUACUGCAAGUUCAUCCUCAACGACAGAGAGGUGUACAAGACGAAGACGCAGAAGAAGACUCUCCACCCUGCGUGGAACGAGUACUUUGAAGUUCCCGUACGAAGCAGGACCGCGGCCGACUUUGUGGUUAAUGUCUACGACUGGGACUUUGGUGACAAGGCCGACUUCCUUGGCAAGUCGAGCAUCAAUCUGGAGAUUCUGGAGCCAUUCCAACAACAAGAAGUCACACUUGCCCUGGAUGGCAAGUCUGGCGCGAUCCGUCUACGCAUGUUGUUCAAGCCAGACUACGUUGUACGCUCCCGACAGGGCUCAAGUACCUUCUCCGGCACCUUUGCCGUCCCAGGAAAAGUUCUCGGAGCUCCCGUUAAGGGCGUUGGUAAGGGCGCUGCAUUCGUAGGCGGCAACGUAGUUCGCGCCGGAACUUUCCUCGGUCGCGGCUUCAAGCGCAGAAAGUCUCGCGGCGAAGCCCCAACAGAAGAAGAGCUCGAACGACCUCCGACUGCUGACCGCCCCUCGGCCGACACCCCCGUCAUCUCCAUCGAAGGCGAACCAAGCACACCUCCCAACCGCGACUCUACUUCCCAACCCCACCACAACCGCCACCGCAGCUGGGGCGCCUCCAGCCUCCACAGUCGCUUCGGCGACGCCAGCAACGGCAGCGCUGCCGAACAAGGCACAGCAAACAUCACCGUCCUCGCCGCCGACGGCUUCCCGCCCAACACCAACCUCCGCGUGCACAUCUCGCUCGCGAAAAAGGAACUUCACAAAACUGACCACAUCAAAGCACCCCAAGGCUCCGUCACCUUUGACCCCGUCUCCGAAUCUUUCAAGACGACCUGCACGGCCGAUGCCUUCUUCCGCGUCGUCGUCAAAGACCACCGCAGUUUCGGUCGAGACGAGGAGUUGGGAGAGGCACAGUUUACCAUUUCCGAUCAAGGCUCCGGUAGUGAGCAGAAUGUGGGUGUCGGCAAGGGUAUGGUGGUUAUACGGAGUAGUUUUAUCCCCGCGGACGCUGGUAGUGUGGGUGGAAACGGCAGUGUUAGUCCCGCCAGAGGUAGUGGCAAGAUGGGGCGGGGCUUGCUCAGGAGGGAUAGGAGUGUUACGCCUGGUGCUUAG